AUGAGUGAAACAUUUUUUAUUUCCUCUUUCAGUAACCCAGACCUGCGGCGCUCAGAGCUCUCUCUGGACGCCAUGCUGCAAAGAACGUCCUCCAACUCCUCAUCCUCUUCCUCCCCUUCAUCUCAAGGAGACUCAGCCGAGAGGAGAGGUCAAGCCAAGCCAGAAGGAUCCCCACCAGGAGCCAAUCAGGAGGCAAAGCCCAAACAGGAAGAGGGCCGUGAAUCAGCCAGACCCAGCAGACCUGCAGACCUUAGUGCACUGGCUAAGGAGCUCAGAGAACUGAGGGUGGAGGAGGGCAGCAGACCUCCAGUCAAG